GAGGCGGGGCCUGCUCGGUACUGGGAAACUACGUCCGCCGGUCUUGGGCGGGAAAAAGCAGACGCUGUCCCGAGAGCCGCGGGCGGGGGUUGGGGCGAGGAGGCGCCGGAAGGGGCGGGACUUCUCCCCGGACAGCCAGAGCGGAGGCAGCACUGAGGAGAGGCGGCGCUGAGUUGAGACUUGCGCGGAGGAGGUCCUCAAGGGGCUGGUGCCCGGUCCCCGCCACCUGACUUGGGGCGGGGCAUGCAGCACCGCACGCUCACCUCGGCCCCGGGCCUUUGGGCCUCCAUCCCCUGUCCGCGCUCCGAGCUGGACUUGGACCUGGUCCUGUCCUCGGGCCAGUCCUUCAGCUGGAGAGAGCAGAGCCCGGGGCACUGGACGGGCGUCCUGGACGGCCGGCUGUGGACGCUGACCCAGGCGGACGGACGGCUGCACUACACCGUGUACGGGGAGCCGGCCGGGCCCGGGGCCCCGCGCACCCUGCGCCGCUUCUUUCAGCUGCACGUCCGCCUGGCCGACCUGUACCGGCGCUGGGCCUCGGCGGACCCCCACUUCCGAGACGUGGCCCCGAGAUUCCCGGGGGUCCGGCUGCUCCGACAGGAGCCCGUGGAGUGCCUCUUCUCCUUCAUCUGCUCCUCCAACAACCACCUCUCCAGGAUCACCGGGAUGGUGCAGCGGCUGCGCGCGCUCCUGGGGCCGCGGCUGGGCCAGCUGGACGGCGUCUGCUACCACGGUUUCCCCAGCGUGCAGGCUCUAGCCCGUGAGCCCGCCCCCCCACGCCCCCGCCUGCGGGAAGCUGAGGUGGAGCCGCGGCUCCGCGAGCUGGGCUUUGGGUACCGCGCCCGCUUCGUGAGGGAGAGCGCCCGCGCCCUCCUGGAAGAGCGGGGCGGCCCCGGCUGGCUGCAGCAGCUCCGCUCGGCGCCCUACGAGGAGGCCCGGCAGAGCCUCUGCGCGCUGCCUGGGGUCGGGACCAAGGUGGCCGACUGCGUGUGUCUCAUGGCGCUGGACAAGCCCCAAGCCGUGCCCGUGGACGUCCACGUCUGGCAGAUCGCCCGCAGGGACUACGGCUGGCAGCCCGCUUCCGAGGGCCGCAGGGGCCUGAGCCAGAAGGCCAGCACGGAGCUGGGAGACUUCUUCCGCAGCCUGUGGGGGCCCUAUGCCGGCUGGACUCAAGCGGUGAGUGUCUCGUUUCCGGGCAGCCCCAGCCUUGGUGUGCUCCCGCUCCCUUCCGGGGAAGGCUGUCUAGCCCCGUGUCUUUGCCCAGGUGCUCUUCUGUGCAGACCUGAGACAGACCCCCAAACCGCAGAUUCUCCAGGAAAAGGCAAAGCCCCGGAAGCGCAAAAAAGGGACCUCUGAGAGCCCGGCGUCAGGGCAGGAGGCUGCUGGAAAACCAGCGUGACGGAAAGCUGCCUCCUCUCCAGUCCUCGCCAGGGACAGAUUCCCGCCCUUCCCUCUCCCCACCUCUGCCCAGCGUUGGGCUCGGGGGUUCCAUCUGGCUUUGAGCAUCUACCUCAGAGGCCAUUUAUAUCCCAUAGCAGAUGGUCAGUUGAGCACUAUUGGGGAAAGGUAAGGAUUGGGAAAUGCCAGCUAAGCUGGAGGGACCACACGAUCCAAUGGUUUUAACCUCUUCCCUUUAAUAAAAGAAUGAACAAUAAAAUAGAAAUAUUUGCUUGGAAAACGAGUGGAUCUCUUGACCAGAACGUGGGGUGUGAUGGGGAGCACUGAGAGAGGAGAAGUCACCCCACACGUCUCUUCUCAGGGCCCUGACUCCUUCCACAACUUCCCCAAUCAGCUCCCUGCCCUUGCCAGAGGCCAGGGUGAUCAGAGCGAGAUGCUAGAAAGAGGCUCAGGAGAAGGUUCCAAAACAGACCAGAGGGAACAGAAGAGGCCAGUCCUUCCUUUCAAGAGAAGCCUGGGCUGAAGUGGGCUCAGGGAAGAGCCCUGGGAAGGGAGAAGAAGAAGAGGAGACUUUCCUGGGACGGGAUGGGACCGGAUGGGAAGAGAGGGGAAGA